UUUAUAUAAUUAUUGAAUUUCUUAGACAUGGCAAAUUCAUCAACAUGUUCUUCAGAUGACUCWGAGUGGGAGAGUGAGGAUGAGACGUUUGAUGAGGAGACUGUUCUGAAAUAUUACUUCAAUAGAGGAUUUUCUUACAAUGAAAUAAUCAAGUUCCUAGCAAAACAUCACAACUACCACAUAAGCUAUACCACUCUUUUGAGAAGACUCAAACAUUAUGGCCUUAACCGAAGGAAUCUUGGARUUUCCCAGCAUAAAAUUGAACAAGUUAAGAGGCACAUUCAAGAAACGUUGAAUGGACCAGGAUCACUUGGCGGUUACCGUUCUGUGUGGCAUGAUCUUGAACUGAAAGGCAUAAGAGUCCCCCAAAUUGUUGUCCAAGAACUUUUAAAAGAAAUGGACCCUGAAGGUGUUUCAGCUCGUAAAGCCCAUAGGCUGAAAAGAAGGGUAUACAGURACCCAGGGCCAAACUUUGUAUGGCACAUGGAUGGUUAUGACAAAUUAAAACCAUGGGGGUUUCCGAUACAUGGUUGUAUWGAUGGAUAUAGCCGAAGAAUACUAUGGCUUGAUGUAUCCCGCUCUAAUAAUACACCAGAUAACCCAGGAAUGUAUUAUUUGAACACUGUUCGUGAAUUAGGAGGGGUACCAGUUGAAUUCAUAACAGAUUUGGGUACAGAAAAUGGCCUUGCUGCAUCAAUGCAAUGCUACUUCAGGGAUAAUGGUGAUGCACAUAGGUAUGUACCUUCACCAAGGAAUCAGAGAAUUGAAGGGUGGUGGAGUUUCUUCUGCAAAAAUCGCUCUGGAUGGUGGAGGAAUUUCUUCAAAGACUUAGAAAGUCAAGGAAAUAUUGAUACUGGUUGCGAGCUAAGCAAAGAGUGGUUAUGGUUCUGGUUUUCAAAUAUUUUACAAGAAGAAUGUGACCAUGUAAAGAACCAGUGGAACAGUCACUACAUUAGAAAAUCCAGACAUGAUACAGUGCAUGGGAGACCAGACUCACUCUUCUUUCUUCUUGAACUGCAAGAGGGCAGGGAAAAUCUUUUAUUGCCAGUCCCAGAUAGUGAAAUUGAUUUUAUUAUUGACAUCACACCAUACUUUAACAUUUGCCAUUUCGUAGUUUACUAAUUG